AAUCCGUCUCCUGAGCCCUAAAUGAUAUAUUUCAUGAGGAAAUUAUGUGAGCGCGAAGAGGGGACUGAUUACGAGAGAAAGGAUAUCAUUUACAGCAAAGGUUUCGCGGAAAAGGUCAGGGGCCAAGAAAAGGGGCAGAAACAGGUCAGUUACUGAUCUGCCCUGUCUUGGCCAGUAGAGGCGGCAGAGAGGCCCCGUCCUGCUGUGGGGAAGUCUGCCAGACUAGGUCUAAGCUCACCGCCUGGGUCACAGCUAUGUUGUCUAAGACUCUGCUGCUCAUCCUCGGGGUGCUGUUGCUGCUGUCCCUAGCCCAGGGAGGGGUCCAGCGAAAACGGAGAUAUGAAGUCCAAAGUCGCACCGAGGUCAAGGAGUGCGAGAGGAAGCCCAAAUUGUAUCUGUGCAAACGCCACUGUGAAUCGGACCAAGAUUGUCAAGCCAAUAACAUUUGCUGCUCCACCACGUGCGGGAACGUUUGCGUGAACCUGCUGGAUAAUAGUGUGUGGGAGUCGCCUGUCACCCCUCCCCCCGACAUCGUCUACCCGGAGAGCGGCUCCCAGCCCAGCUUUGAAGGAGAUAUGGUUCUGCCCACAUCUCCCUUCUCCCCUUUCUCCACUGCCGCUGAUAAAUAAACCAGCAGGAAUGUUGCAGCA